AUGCAGAACGUUUUGACAACGCUGGAAGUCGUUACAAAAACAGGAAAUCAGGAAAAUUUCAAUCUUCUGCGUGCGGCAGCAGCGGAUGAGUCUUCCUGGGUGCAGCCAGCAACAACGGACAAAGAUAAAGAUGAUGAUGAUGAUGAUGAUGUUGAUCGAUUCGAAAUGCAUAACGAUAACACUCCCAUAUCCGUUCUGUCUACAUCCUCGCCCGUCCACGAAGCCAUUGCCGCCAGUCUUCAGCACAUACUUCGUCAUCUGCUCUCCACCUGUGGGUAUUCACACAAAUACCUUCCUUGCGUUGCCGCAAUUGUCGCCCUCCCACCACUUUCCUACACCAUUGUCCGUUGUGAUCUCAAUAAUGCCGACGUCCAGAGGUGUCUAGUUGAUCUACUAUCCCGUCCACAGAUAGAUAUUAAUCUGCGCACACCCGUCUUUAGUAUCCAUCCGCUCCACUUUGCCAUGGCCUAUCAUGAUCCAGAUCUUCUCUCGUGGCUGACGGGUUUCAUUCCCGGUGGAUCGAGUGCGGCAGGGGUAACGGCACUUGGACAUACACUGCUCCAUGUUGCUUCAAUUCCUCUAACAACCAGUCAGAUAAUAGCUCGCAAUCCAGAUGUCGCAGAAGCCUACACUGCGCCCGCACGCUCGACUCCCGCUGGGUUUCCCAUCGACUUCCCAUUCCGCUCCACAUGCAGUUUGUGGCUCCAGAAGAACUGGGUGUCUGGAAUCCAAAGCCAUUAA